AUGCAGGCGCUCGGUGACCCCGAGGCGUUGCGCACCCAGGCACGCGCUGUCAAGGAGCAGGCGAUUGCCCAGCUCGAUACGUAUCUGGAGCAAUUCGCCGACAACCUGGACAAGCUGGGUGCUCACGUGCAUUGGGCGCACGACGACGCCGAGGCGCGCGAUAUCAUUACCAGCAUUGCCCAACAGGCCGAGGCCAAGGUCAUCGUCAAGGGCAAGUCGAUGGCCGCCGAGGAAAUUCACCUCAACCCGCACCUGGAAGAACUGGGAUACGAGGUCCUGGAGACCGACCUCGGCGAAUACAUCAUCCAGCUCGCCGAAGAGACGCCUUCGCACAUCAUCGCGCCUGCCAUCCACAAGACCCGACAGCAGAUCGCCUCGCUGCUGCACGACAAGCUCGGUAACCCCAGUUUCUGCGCGCCGAUGUGGGCAUCACGGGGCGUCAACUUCGCCAUCGCCGAUACCGGCUCGAUCGUCCUGGUCACCAACGAGGGCAACGGGCGCUUGUCGUCCACCCUGCCGCGGGUGCACAUCGCGCUGAUGGGCAUGGAGAAGAUCAUCCCGCGGCUCGACGAUCUGCCGGUAAUGUUAAAAGUGCUGACGAACAGCGCCACCGGCCAGAAGAUUUCCAGCUACGUCACGAUGAUCACCGGACCGCGGCGGGCGCACGACCUCGACGGCCCCGAGGAACUGCACGUGGUCGUCAUGGACAACGGACGCUCGAACAUCCUGGGCAGCGAGAACCGCGAGGCGCUUUACUGCCUGCGCUGCGGCGCCUGCCUCAACGUCUGCCCGAUCUACCAGAAUAUCGGCGGCCACGCCUACGGCUGGGUGUAUCCCGGCCCGAUCGGCGCCGUGCUGACCCCCCUGUUCACCGGCCUGGACACGGCCAAGCAUCUGCCGCGCGCCAGCACGCUGUGCGGUGCCUGCCGUGAGGCGUGCCCGGUCAAGAUCAACAUCCCCCACAUGCUAUUGAACCUGCGGCGCCAGAGCGUCAGCCGCGGUGACGCAUCGGCAGGCGAGGGGAGGCUGUUCUCUUUGUGGGCCUGGAUCAUGCAGCGCCCGGGACUCUACCGGUUGGCCCUGCGGCUGGCACGGCUGGGGCAGACGCCCUUCGCGCAGCGCGGUUGGCUGGGGAAACUACCGCCGCCGUUCCAUAGCUGGACCAAGUCGCGCGACUUCAAAGCCGUUGCGCCGCAGUCCUUCCGGGAGCGCUGGCAGGGCACCCUGCAAUACGAGCAGCCCAGCCACAACGGCGCGGGUGGAGGGGACGUAUGA